AUGGGAAACAGCAAUCAUAAAAUAGAUCAUUAUUCUCGACGUAAAUAUAAUAGUCAGUGUAGCUUGAGUAGUAUCAUCAGUGGAAGUUGUACGGGACAAUCACAAUCUGUUUACGAGGAAUGUAGGCCAUGGUCACGAAUUUCUAGACGAACAUGGACUGAAGGAACAUUGAAUGAUCCACUGAACUCAUCAAAAACAGCGUGGCCUGUACCAAAAUUCGAAGCUAUUUUUCUACCAGAAUUUAAAGUUCGAGAACAACCAAUUAAUAAUGAAUAUAAUUUCAUUAAAUUUAUCGCUAAAGGCGCUUACGGACGAGUAUAUAAAGUCGAAGAUAACGUAUCUGGAAAUGUUUACGCUUUAAAAGUGAUCAGUAAGUCAAAAAUUAUUGAAGAAAAUGCAAUUGAGCAAGUCAAAGAAGAGGUGGCGAUUCAAAAAGCCGUCAGUAGUCAUCCAUUCAUCGUCCGUUCUUGUCACCACUGGCAAGGCAGGAAAACUUUAUAUAUGCUGACAGAAUUUAUCAAUUGUGGUGAACUUUAUUAUUUAAUUCGUGAGUACAAGACAUUACCAGAAGAAGUCGUUAGAAUUUAUGUUGCUGAGUUAGCAUUAGCUAUAGAUUUUCUUCACAAUGCUGGCAUUGUUCACAGAGAUUUAAAAGCUACAAAUGUGUUAUUAGAUAAUGAAGGACAUGCGGUACUAAUUGACUUUGGAUUAGCUAAAUGGUUACGGCCUUUGCAUCGUACAAAUACUUUUUGCGGUACUCAAGAAUAUAUGGCUCCUGAAAUUGUACGUAGAGAGUAUUAUGGUCAUGAAGUUGAUUGGUGGGCUUUGGGAGUUCUUACCUGUGUUCUUCUCACAAACAAGGCUUGGCCUCCUCCUUCUUUUCUUCUGUCUUCUCCAGCUUCUCGGGGAUUUCUUCAGGCUUAUCAGCGAGUCUGGCUUGCUGAUGCUGGUGUUCAUGAGCCUUGUGAGCCUCCGGGGUCUCGUUUUCCUUGUGUUCGCUAG